AUGGAGGCCUCCGAGAACACCCAAUCACCCUUCUUGCCCAUGUUCGAGACCUUCCGCGCCGAACUCGAUGAACACCACGACCGCCGCGAACGCACCAUCAAAGCAUCGCGAGACAUCACCGCUGCAUCNAAAAAGAUAAUCCGCAAGCUUGCGCAACCGCUGCCCGCACAUGUCAACAAGAAUAAUGCGCAAUACUACGAUAUCAUCAAGGAGCGUUACAACACAAUCUCUGCCGAACUUCAAGGAUUGAAUGCUUGGAGAUAUGCUCGCAACAUUACUGGUGGCAAUCAAGAGUACAUGGAGGCUGCCAUCUUCCAGCACUAUCUCACCACUGGGAUGCUUCUCACAUAUGAAGACUCGGUAGAGCAAUUGCGCACGCUAGGUGGAGAGGGUGGUCCCGUACAACUCACAGUCGAGGAUUAUCUGCUCGGUGUCUUUGAUAUGACGGGCGAGUUGAUGCGUUUCUCCAUCACAACCAUGGCUACGGAUGGUAAGCUGCCUUCUGUCGAGUCGAAGGACGACACUGCAUCAUCAGACAAGAUGGAUGUGGAUACCCACCCUGGCAGCCACAGAGAUGUGCUCACAGAUCUGCGCGCCCUGCGUUCAGAGCUAGAAGGCUUGAACGUGGGCUUUGGCAGUUCGUUCGCCCGUGAUGUGGACAAGAAGAUGGAUGUCAUGCAGACAAGUGUUGAAAAGGUGGAAAAGGCCUUGUACGGUCUGGUCAUUCGCGGUAGAGAGCGACCAAAGGGCUGGAUGCCCGAUCUCGACUCUGGUCCACGCAGAGAUGUCGAAGUUGAUGCUUAG